AUGAAUUGCUAAAAUGAUAAGGCUGGAGAUUUGUAUGAGGUUUUGGCUUUAUCUAAAGAUAUUGACGAAGUUGUUUUCUCAAUCCUUUUAAAAAUAUAUAAAAGAGAUAAAAUUUAAGACAAUCGAGAAAUUUUCUCAAAUGAUCUAAAUAUAAGGAAAGUUGAAUAAGAAAUAUUAUAGGUAGUAAAUUAAUCACUAUUUGAUAAGGAAUAGAUGGUCAGAAUGACAUAUGUUCUCAAAAAAAUUAAGGAUCAUGAAUUUAAUGAAUAUAAUUAUGCAUUAAAAGAAUAUGAAAAAAUUAAAAAAGCUUUGAUCAUAAAAAUAUCAUGGAAUGAGAAAAUUAUCAAAUUUCUAAAUUUCUUAGUUCAUCUUACUGCAUUAGAUGAGAGAUAUAUAUAGUCUGGAUCAAAUUCUCUUCAUCUAUUAAUUUAAAUGAAAGUUGAUUUGAGUAAAUAAUAAUUUGAGAAUAUUAGAAUUAAAAAUACUUCCUUAAUAGGAGCAAAUUUAGUAAGAUGUAACUUAAGCGGAUCUGAUUUUGAUAAUGUAAAUAUCUGUGGAAUUAAUUUGAAUGGAGCCAAAUUGUUUAAUUGCAACUGGAAGAAUAUAAAAAUAGAUGAGUUAAAUAAGUUAAACGUUCAUAGUAGAUGUGUCAAUUAAGUUUGCUUUUCUAAAGAUAGUAAGUUCUUUGCUUCUUGUGAUAAUUCUAUUAUUAUUUGGGAUUUAAGAACAGGAAAAAUAAAGUCUAUAAUUAAAGGAGACGCGGAGGUAAAAUCAUAAUGCUUCUCACCUAAGAAUUCUACUUUAGCUUUCAGUAGCAGAUAAUUUAUCUAUUUAUGGAAUCUUAAAUCAGGAAAGUAGAUAUCAAAAUUAGAUGGUUAUUCAAAGAAAGUUAAUUCAAUUUGUUUCUCCCCUGAUGGUUCUACAUUAGCAUCUGGUAGUUAAGAUGAAUCCAUCAGUUUAUGGGACAUGAAGACAGGAUAAUAAAAAGCCAAAUUAGAUGGUCAUUCAGGAAGUGUUUAUUCAGUCAAUUUCUCUCAUGAUGGUACUACUUUAGCAUCUGGUAGUUAUAACUUUAUCAAUUUAUGGGAUUUUAAGACAGGGUAAUUAAAAACAAAAAUAGAAUGUUAGUUAGGAAGUGUUUAUUCAGUCAGUUUCUCUCCUGAUGGUACUACUUUAGCAACUGGUAGUGAUGAUGACUUUAUCUGUUUCUGGGAUGUGAAUACAGGGUAAUAAAUAGCCAAACUAGAUGGUCAUUUAGGAAGGGUUUAUUCAGUCAAUUUCUCACCUGAUGGUAAUACAUUAGCAUCUGGUAGUUGUGAUGAGUCUAUCCAUUUAUGGGAUGUUAAGACAGAAUAAUUAAAAGCCAAAUUAGAUGAACAUAUUAAUGGAAUUCUAUCAGUCUGUUCCUCUCCUGAUGGUACUACAUUAGCAUCAGGUAGUUGGGAUAAGUCGAUCCGUUUAUGGGAUGUUAAGACUAGAUAAGAAAAAGCUAUGCUAGAUGGUCAUACAAGUUAUGUUUAAUCUGUCCGUUUCUCUCCUGAUGGUAGUACAUUAGCUUCUGGUAGUGAUGAUAAGUCAAUCUGUAUUUGGGAUAUUAAAACAGGAUAAUUAAAACGCAAAUUACUUGGUCAUACUAGUGGAAUUUUAUCAGUAUAUUUCUCUCAUGAUGGCCAUACAUUGGCAUCUGGUAGUUUGGACAAGUCUAUCCUAUUUUGGGAUGUUUAGACAGGAUAAUUAAAAAACAAAUACGUUGGUCAUACUACUGGAAUUCUUGCUGUUUGUUUCUCUCCUGAUGGUACUACAUUGGCCUCUUGUAGUUCAAAUAUGUCCAUUCGUUUAUGGGAUGUUAAAAAAGGAGAAUAAUAAGCAAUAUUAAAUGGUCAUACAAGCUAUGUUUAAUCUGUUUGUUUCUCUCCUGAUGGUUCUACAUUAGCCUCGGGUUGUGAUGAUAAGUCAAUCCGUUUAUGGAAUGUUGAGACUGGAUAAUAAAAAGCAAACUUAAAUGGUCAUAGUAAUUGAAUUUUAUCGGUUUGUUUCUUUCCUGAUGGUACUACAUUAGCAUCUGGUAGUUGGGAUCAUUCUAUUCGUUUAUGGGAUGUUAAGACAAGGUUAUAAAUAGCCAUAUUAGAUGGUCAUGAUGAUUGGGUUUAUUCUGUCUGUUUCACUCCUCAAGGUAAUAGAUUAAUAUCUGGAAGUGAGGAUAUGUCUAUUUCGGUUAUGGGAUAUAAAAACAG